CGAAGCUUGUCGUCUGGUCGGUGAGGGAAGGAAAGGUCAGAGGUGGAAUGAGAAAUGGAACGAGAUAUUAAUGAAGUAUUUAGUGAUAUUGCAUUAGCUGAAAAUAGAUAUCAGAAGAUUGGUUUCACUCGAGGAUUUAGUUUAGGAGAAGAAACUGGUUAUAAAGAAGGAUAUGCUUUGGGUCUACAAAGAGGAGCACAGAUAGCAUCAGAAAUUGGCUUUUAUAAAGGAUUUGCAAUAGCUUGGAUGAUUGUGUUAGAAGGUGAAGAAACUGCAAAACAGAGGAAAAUAAAUGCUUUAAAGUCCUUACAAGAAAUGACCGAGAGCUUCCCUCACACAAAUAUUCAAGAUGAUGAUGCUGUCAGCAAACUGUUGAAAAUCCGAGCAAAGUUUAAGCAGGUCAUAUCUAUUCUAAAUGUGGAAACAGAAUAUGUAACUGAAUUAAGGCCAACUAGUGAACAACAACAAGCACCACCACGACCAGAUGAACUAUCAUUUUGAUUGAGACACACGAAAG